AUGCGCAACAUUCAAGGCUUCGCCCCUGCGAGUGGUCUCUUCUCCACCACAGUAGCGUAUCUCAGCCCUUACCACUGGCAGUUCAAGCUGCUCUCCCAAAUCAUAGAGAAUGGCGGCGGAAAGGUGGCCACGCUCUUUGAGGACAGUGCUAUCAACGUGUUCCUCACCGAUUACCCCCCUAUGUGGGUAGAAGCAAGUACACGCGAGAGGCUCGAGCUCGAGUAUUACCGCCUCGUCAAGAAGUACGGCCUGCUUGGCUACGACCUGGUCGUGUGCGUCACAACGACUUGGGUUUUCGAGACGGCCGCCAACGGUUACAUGUGGCCGGGUCUGAUGGGUCGCUACGGUCUCCACAGACUCUACAACACCCAACUUCCCAACUCGUCAUACCUGUUUGGUACCACCCGCCGCUCUUACAUUGAGCAACAGAGGGAACUGCAGCGUCAGCAACUGGAAGCUCUUAACCACGUCGCUCGUGUGGACGCCACUACCUGGGGAUUGCCACACUUGAGCGAGGACGAGGAGGAGGACGCCAAGAGCGAGGGGUCCCGCAACACCGAGCUCAACGAAGAGACGCAGCCAGAGGCCGACUCCGAGCGCGCUCCCAAGGUCAAGAAGCGCGUGUGCAGCGCCCGCCCGAGCUCCAGCGUCAGGGGUCUCAGCAGUCGCCGUGGCGGCGGUAGCAGGAGUGCCGUCCGGUUUGCUCCUUACUCCAAGGACCUUCCCAAGGAGGCCCGCCACGCACCUGUGAAGCGUGUCGCCCUCGCCCGUAAGCGUGCCGUCUCCGCCAGGGCUCUGGGGCGCCUGGGGCCGAGCCCCACGCAGCUCAACACCCAGCACGACGAGGGGGGGGAUGAGGCGGGCGACCAGACGGGAGGGGACACCGACACCGAGGACUCGCCCGCGCCCGUGGACCUCCCGUUCCCCCCGCUUUCGCAGAAGAGAUUUCCCCGCCCCCGCAGUGUGUCCUCGUCGGACAGUGAGGGCUCGGGCGCAAGCCGGGCGGUUUCCGCCAACAGUGUGACCGGCGGCGUCACCACCGCUGCCCGUACCGCCCUGGGACCGUUCGGCACCGUCCUGGACCUCGCCGAAGCCCUCCCAAGCGCGGCCGAACUCUCCCCUCCGGUGCCCGCGCCAUCCUCGGGCCGCGGGCUUGGGCCCUGCGGCAGUGAGCUGGGUCCCGCUGCAGCUCCCGCGCAGCCCGUGCCCGCAGCCGCUGCCGAAGGGGAGGUCGCCCCUCACGGCGUCGGUCGCUUCGGCACCUGGCUCGAUACGCCGCCACCCGCGCCACAGCUCGCGGGCUCGUCGUCGCGCACCGUGCUCCCGGCUGCCUCGUCCACCAAGUCCCUGCGUCCCGUGCCCCGCGGCGACGAAGGCCUCGGCCUGGGCCGCCCUCCCAUUGCCCGCAUGGCGACCUCGCCCUCGGCCCACUCCUCAAAGUCUGCCCACCCCUCGUCCUCUUCUUCUUCAGUGGGUUCCGUGGUGCCCGAUUCACAACCCGACAUGUGA